GAAAAACGCAUACGUUUAACCUCGUUCGCCGAAUUUACGAUGGGUGCGCGCCGGCCGGAGGAGUCGCACUGGUUCGCCUCCGUGUAUGACCCGAUCGCUGCAGGGUCCAUCGACGGCGCCGAGGCCGACGUCGCGCACGACAAGGCCCUCCUCCGCGCCCUCAACGCGCCAUACGAUGCGGCGCGGGAUCCCAAGAUCGUGGGCGACCCGCUCUGCACGCUCUUUGUCGGACGAUUAAGCUACGCGACAACCGAGGAGACGCUGCGCAGCGUCUUUGGCCGCUUUGGCGAGAUCCGCCACUUGCGAUUGGUGCGCCAUGUCGUGACGCAGGAGAGCCGCGGGUACGCCUUCAUCGCGUUCGCCCGCGAGAAGGACUUUGAGGCCGCCUAUCGCACCACAAACCGAAUGCUUCUUGAUGGACGUCGGAUCCUCGUCGAAUUUGAGCGCGAGCGCAUCAUGCCGGGCUGGAAGCCUCGGCGUCUUGGCGGUGGUCUUGGUGGAAAAAAGGAGUCUGGCCAGCUGCGUUUCGGCGGCCGCGAUCGACCGUUCCGCGUCCCCAGAUCGUAGCACACUUCUUGCUUCAUUUCUACAACGCCUGCAGGUGUGCGGUCAAAUAUUCUCUGCCCAAGCGCGACGCAACCACGCUGGCCGAACAUGGUUCCCCUUCUCUUCGCCUUGAUCAAAUCCAACGCUAAUAGUUUGUAAGAAAGGUUUGUGUUGGCGACUAC